UUGCAGACACGGUCGAGUGCGCAUCGGAACGGCACUUUUGGAAUCGGGAACGGUUACGAUUACGGGUAACGGAUUACCACUCAGUUCGCCUACGGCUGUGGGGGUGUACUCCACCACCUACUUGAUUCCCCGGCUACCGCGAUACCCACCACUCAAGUGUCGCAAGUUCAAGUGCGAUUUGGCAAAUUGUUGUAUUUAUUUAAAUUCAAAGUGCUUCUCAAGUGGCCAAGUGAUCGCGCGCGAGGAUGUUGCAGCACCAUCAGCAGCAGGCUCAAUCGGGUGGCUACUACGACUACAAUCAGUCCCCCAGUCCGGGGAGCUUGACGAACGCCGAUGCCCUGAACACCACUCCGUUUUCGGUCAAGGAUAUUCUGAACAUGGUCAAUCAAACGGAGGCCUACGAAAGUGGCUACGGACACCUCGAUAGUGCCGCCGCUGCCUCGGCGCUCUAUGGCGCCGGCGAGUUCCAGCAGCACCUCCACCAGCAUCCGCAUCCGCACCAGUACCACAAUCUCAGCCUGCAGCAGCAGCACCAGCAGUCCGAGUUGCCCAUCGCCCAGCAGCAACUGCAUCCGCAGCUCGUGGACGAUGGCACCACCACGUCGUCAUCCCUGUCGCCACUGUUGCCCCCGCCGCCGCACCAGCUGUAUGGUGGAUACCAGGACUACGGCAUGCCCGCCCACAUGUUCCAGCCGCAUCACGGACAUCCGCACCAGGGCUUCCAGCACUCCGCCUCGGCCUACAACGUCUCCGCCUCCCAGUUCUACGCCGGAGCCUCGGCCACCUCGUAUCAAACGCCCGCCGCCUACAACUACAACUAUCCCGGAUCAGGAACCGGAACCGGAAUCGGAGUGGGAGUUGGAUCUGGAUCCGGAUCAGGGGAGGUGUACGCAGGAGCCACGCCCUCGGCAUCGGCGGGCAUCAAGAGCGAGUACAUACCCACGCCGUACGUGACGCCCUCGCCCACCUUGGACCUCAACAGCUCCGCGGAGGUGGACAGCCUGCAGGCGCCGGCGCAGAAGCUCUGCGGGAACCCCCUCAGCCAGCGCCUCAUGGAGACGGCGGGGAACUCCGUCUCCCUUAGGAGCAUCCACAGUGCGGAAGACGGCGCCAAAAGAAAGGACAACAGCCAGGUGACCUCCUCGCGAUCGGAGCUGCGCAAAAACAGCGUGAACGGGGUCAGUAACCACGGCAGCAGCAACGGCUCCUCGAAGCCAAGGAUGAAGCGAAAGCCCCGGGUUCUUUUCUCCCAGGCACAGGUCCUCGAACUGGAGUGUCGCUUCCGGCUGAAAAAGUAUCUGACGGGUGCGGAGCGCGAGAUCAUCGCCCAGAAGCUGAAUCUGUCGGCCACGCAGGUGAAGAUUUGGUUCCAGAAUCGGCGGUAUAAAUCGAAGCGGGGAGACAUCGACUGCGAGGGGAUUGCCAAGCACCUGAAGCUCAAAUCGGAGCCACUGCACUCGCCCACAUCGCUACCACCUCCGAUUCCCAACCACGUGAUGUGGCCCCCAACCAUCCAGCAGUCCCAGCAGCAUCUCGUCCAGCAGCAGCAGAUCCCCCACAUGCAGUAGUUCAUCGGCAGGACGAAGGACCCGAGUCUCUAAUUUAUUAACUGCAACUUCAAGCAGAAUUAUGUUGUAGCCUAAGGAAAAUGCCUCAUAGCUCUAGUACCUUGUUUUAUGUAUAUAUUGGACAAUAAAUAAAGUUUAAGACACA